GACAUUUAUAAUUAUGCUGCUCAUAUAUCAAAUGCUGAUGAAAAUUUCAUCUACUGUUAACCAAGAGGGAAAAUGUACUUUCCUUUUAAAAUGUUAAAUGUUGCAUUAUUUCAGAGGAUCUGAAGAGCCCCAAGGGAGAUUGGUCCUGGAAUGAUCCAUCCAAAGAUAGGAGUGGAAAUUAUUUUUGACAGAACAUCAGCUUUAAUCACUGUAUUUUGACCCUCGACUUUACAAGAAAUGUGUGUUAAGAAGGAUUUUGACCAGUGAAAAACUGGCAUUAAAGAACAGAGUUUUACUAUAUAAGAAAGAAAAAUGAUUAAUCUUAAUUAAAUUAGAUUCUCUUAAUUCCCAUCCAUGCUAUCCCUAAGAUGAAGAAGGGAAUGAGGACCUCUUAUUGCUUAAGGAAGUUUGUUUCCUUUAGCAAAACUUUGAUCACGCAUGGCAACCAUCUCCACUGGUUAGAGGAGAUGAGACUUCUCUGAAAGAGUUGACAUAAUGAUACGUCCCCUUGACAGUGACAUUGUGUCUAAGCUGCGGUCUGGUGUUGCAGUGGCUACAUAUGCUCAAUGUGUGGAGGAGCUGGUACUUAACUCACUGGACGCAGGUUCAACCUGUGUUGCAGUAAGAGUUGACUUGAUGUAUAAUAAGAUUCAAGUGGUAGAUAAUGGGAAUGGAAUUGAUCCAAAUGAGAUGCACCUUGUUGGAGAGAGGUACUCCACCAGCAAAUGCCAUGAGAUAACUGAUCUAGACAACCUCAGGUAUUAUGGAUAUCGUGGUGAGGCUUUGGCAAGUAUUCGAGAUAUAGCUGCAAUCUUGGAAAUCCAGUCAAAGACUAAACAGACUGGUAAUAUGUAUUACAAGAUCUUUCGUAAUGGUAACCUACUGGAGAGUGGAAAAUCAAAGCAACGUCGUCCAAGUGUAGGAACAACAGUUACAGCUCUUGACAUGUUCUACAAUUUACCAGUCAGAAGAAAAGGUAUGAAUGCAUCACUAGAGAUGGAAAAAAUCCGCCACAGAAUUGAAUGCAUUGCCCUGAUACACCCAAACGCCUCUCUUUCACUAAGAGAUGACACAUCAGGGACCAAACUUCUGCAGACCCAUAAGAGUAGCACAGUCAUUGGAGCAUUUACUCAUCUGUUUGGAUCCUCAAAGGCAAGACACCUGAAGAAGGUAGAGAGCAGAAACGGUCAAUUUCAGUUACAAGGCUAUAUCAGCAAAGAAGGACAUUCAAAUCGCAAUUUGCAAUUCAUUUACAUCAAUGAGCGGCUGUUGCUUAAAACUAAACUACAUAAAUUUGUGAAUUAUCUACUUUCGAAAUCCAUGAUUGUUAGGAAGAGAAGCAGACUAGAUGAAAGACAAAAGGGGACCCCUGAUUAUACCGUCGCAACAUCAAGCCCAUCAAGACAAGUGGAUAGGUAUGGGAUUUUUGUAUUAAAUGUUACUUGCUCCCUCAGAGAGUAUGAUAUCACCCUUGACCCUGCUAAAACAUUAGUGGAAUUCAAGAACUGGGAUGGAAUCUUAGCAUGUAUUCAACAGGGAGUGCAGGGAUUUUUGGAAAGGGAAAAUCUACUUAUGGGGUUGGAAAAGCCAAAAUCAGAGAAUGAGUCAGGGAAAUUGAACUUAGAUGGUUUGUCUGCUGAUGGCGAAAUUGUCCUAGUUCCACCAGGCAGUGCUGAAGAUAGAGAAAAAUCAGAUAAGCAGGGUGGAGAAGAAGCCAAUGCCAAGGGUCUUGAUCUAGAUGCUACUUCAGGAGGAGCUGGAGCAAAAAAAUGUGGCAGCAGUAUAUGUGCUUUCAACACAACCAAUAAUUUGGUGUCUAAAACCGUGAAAAGAAAACUCCCACUCACAGUGUCUCUUAAUGAAAAAGUAGAAGGAUCACCUAAAGAAAUAAAUGAGGCAGAAAGCUUGCAUUCAUGUGGAUCAAGUCAGGGCAGAAAUGUUCACAGCAUGGAAAAGACUAGUCCUCUUCAAAUUACACCUGAAAAGUCUGGAACCUCCUCUCAGCAUGGUCUUGAAAAUCCUACAUUUUGUGGCCUUUCACCAGAGUCUGGCAGUGAAGGCAAAACAUCUGAAGAUUCAGAAGAAUUACCAACAAUUAAAAGACCUAGAAAAAAAACACAGAAACAUUCAUCUGACACAGAGUGCUGUUUGUCCUUAAUAAAAGGAGAUUCAUUCAAUCAGUUUCUUACCCCAUCUUCGAUGAGUAACAAUCACGGUGAAGGAAAAAUGAAAGAUGAUAUAGGGACAGAAAGCCAAGGGCAAAAUGAUGUUGAUUCAAGUUCUGGUCUCUCUUUGUCUUCUGAAGAAAUCACACCCGGACAAGGUACACCAAGGGUAACACAUUCUAAACUCAAAUGUUUAACCCCAGUGGUGAAACCUGCUGAAUGUUCUGGUCCCGACUCAACAUGUAGUAGAGAACCUAUCUCAGAAGGAAAAUCAGAGUGUGAUGAGUGCAAAAGAGAUCCAUGUGUAUGCAUCUCAGGGCAGCCUUUCUGUGAUAAAGAAAAAAAGCAUGGAGACAUAAAGAAUUUGACAAUUGGAUGUGAACAACCAUCUGGAUUGACACCGUUGAAGAAACUACGUCAAAAGAUAUCAGCUAGAGAUAACAAUUCCACAAAAUCUAGCAUAUUCUACAGAAGUUGUGUUCCUGGGACUGAACCAUUUUCCCAGGAGAAGGAUGUUACUGCUUCUGCAAGCAAUCAAAAUGCCAAUAGUUUCAACAGCUCAGAUCACUUUCAGAAGAGAAAGAGUAUUGAUAAUUCUGAGGAAAGCUGUGCAGAGAAUACAAAUCAUGAUUUGCCUAAAAAGAUAAUGACACUGACAGACUUGCGCACUCUCAACAAAAUGAAAAAUUCAAACCAGUACAGCAGACCAGACAAGCUUGUUGAACUGAAACCACUGAAGAAAAUCAGAGAAAAACUGUCAAGUUUCAAGAGGACUGAAGGAGUUCAAAAGACUAAAGCAGAAGACAUGUAUUCAACUCCACAAGAAUUGAUUAGGAAAGACAGUAGUAUUCCUCCUCCUUGUACCCCAAAACUUGGGUGCGCUUCAAAUUUACAUCAUUGGAGCUCUUCCCAUGAUUGCAGUGCUAGCAAAAGAGAAAAUGAAACUUGUCAUCCGGUGAGACAUUCCACACCACUUACCAUUGCAACAGAAAAAGACUCCUUUGGAAUUCCUUCAAUCUCAAUUAUUCCUCAAGAAUGUGAUGAAAAUAAGAAAAAUGAUAUGCAAGAACAUUAUGAUGGUUGUCAGUCUGACAUCAGAAAUUGUAAUGAUUCUUACCUUUAUCAUUCUUCAAUUGAUGUAAGAGGCAAACAAGGUGUUUCCUUGGUCAAUAGCCUGAACUUAAUGACUGCAGAUGCUACAGUUGACAGAAGUUGUCUCAAAAAUGUCAGCUUGGUUAAAGAGCCCUUUGUGGACACAUUUCAAAACUAUGCCUUUCCUUCCAAGGAAAAUUACAAACCAGAAAAUGAUCUCACUUCUGUGCCUCCAUGUACAAAGUCUUAUCCUGCCUGUGAUUUAGCCUCAUACUGUCAAAGUUUCUACAGAGACAGGUUUGCCCCUCUCUGUCUGGAAUCUUCUGUGCAACAAGCAGUGAAAAUUAUGUCCUCAGAUGACUUACUGCAUUCACUAAGAAACAGGAAUGAUAUUUUACAAUAUGGGAAUGAUCAUGGUGGUAUAAAAAAGCAUUCUCAACAAAUUGAUUCACAGCAUGUGACCCUGUCAUCUGGUGAUCUUCCCUUUGAGUCCUAUUGCAAAGAUGAAUCUUUGUACCCUCUCUCCACAUCACAGAUGGACACAAUGAAAAACUGUAACCUGCAUAACACCACAAGAGGAAUGGACAACAAUGAGAACAACAGUACAUUGCUAAGCAUUGCCACAAAAUGGCCUAGCACUGACACAUGUAGCUUUGCAACAGCAGAGCCAAGUUCUUCUGACAAAACUGACAAUUUGACACACAGUAACUUAUCCACCAAACUUAAAUCCAGAUAUAGGUCAUCUGGUGAAAAUACUUAUACUAUACCCACUGCCUUGGCUGCCUUUGAGGGUCUCUCAGAGAUCUGUGAGUCACAGGAGUUCUCACUGACAGGACAGGCAGUAACUGAUUAUUUGGGAAAGGGAAUGGAUGUGGAUCUUGCCACUACAGAAAGUUCAACCCAACCCUUUAAACUGUCAGAUAUUUCAAGUGGUAGUGUUGGUGAUAGUGGUUUUAUAUCAACUUCAUUUUCACAUGACUACAAAGCAGAGAGUUUAUCUAGGAGCCUGGAUGAUUUUUUACCUCCACCCACAAUUGCCAGAUUUCAGCUGUUUGCAAUUCCAAGAUCAGACAGAAAACAUUGCGACCAGGACAUGCAUAAAGUAGAUGAAGAUAAGACAAACAUUACAUGUGAAAUAACAAGGUUGUGUGAGGGGAAAGGAAGAAGGCACAGUGCAGAAAACCUUCACAUGUUUUCGUUGCCUCCUAAGAUUGCUAGACUUACUGAGCUGAAUUAUCAAAGAGGAAAUGCUGACAAAAAAUCGAAGAUGAAUUACCAGAGCAGUGUUGGCCUUAUUGAUGUAAUGGACAAUUCUGAUCCAGAGAAUUGGAGCCAUCAAGAUUGUGAAUCACUUACUACUCAGGUGGAGCCUACAGAUAGUUGGAUUACAGGGGAUGGAUGCCCAGGGGAUAAAAAGUCAAGACAGCAGUCUGGUCAAGUUUCAGUUAACCAUGGUGGUCAGAUGACAAUUGGUCAGUGUGAUGAAAGAAAAAGAGGUGAGAUCUAUGCUGGCCAAGAAGGCGUAGUGGACAGAGACCAGUGUGCCAAAGAUGAUGCUUCUGCUGGCAGAUCUGAAUCCGACUCAAAGGUUGGCAAAGCAGAGACACAAAAAGCCAGUUCCGUGCCACAGACCAAUACAGUGCAUUGUGGGUUUGGUCUUCUUAGUCAGCAGUGGAUAUGUAGGAUUGACCCCAAAUCAGGAAGAACAAUGUAUGUCAACAGUGUAAAUGGAAAUACCACCUUUGACAAACCAAUGACAGAUUUGCCACAAGAACAAAAUGGUGAUAAAACUGCCUUUACCCUUGUAAAACACCACAAACUUCUCACAGACAAUGCAGAUGCUUUCUUGCCUGCAGUCCAAAGAAGAGAGAAGACCACCACAGCUCCUUCACUGUCUCCAGUCUCACAGGCGAGUUUGUCAGCUCUGUGGAUCCAGCACCAGGACCUGCAGGAAGAGGAGAGCACUGUAAAAUGGAGGGAUGCUGACUGUAAAAGAAAUUGUGACAGUCUCAGUGGGGAGGUGCAGUCACUGUUGGAUAAAUGGGAGAAUCCAGUCCUCAAAUCUUCUGAUCAGUCCAUCCCAAAUCUGAAUGUGUUUGGCACCCAGAGUGCUGGCAUUUACCCAUUCAAAUUUACCAAGGAUAUGUUUAACAGGAUAGAGGUGGUUCAGCAGAUUGAUAAUAAAUUUAUUGCCUGUAUGGUAUCCUUGAAUCAAGAAUGUUCAGUACCUAAUCUCUUGGUGGUGAUUGACCAACAUGCUGCCCAUGAGCGUGUGCGUUUGGAAGACUUGGUUAAAGAAAACUACGUGGACAGUGAUCAACAGAGAAUCUUGACGUCAUGCAUAGAUCCACCAGAAGUGUUGACCCUCCUCCCAGAUCAGGUCAGGCUCAUGCAGGCUUACAGGACACAGCUUGAAAACAUAGAAAACUACGUGGACAGUGAUCAACAGAGAAUCUUGACGUCAUGCAUAGAUCCACCAGAAGUGUUGACCCUCCUCCCAGAUCAGGUCAGGCUCAUGCAGGCUUACAGGACACAGCUUGAAAACAUAGGUAUACACUUCCAGUGCAUAGAAAGUACUAAGGACAAAGUCCAGUUUAGUAAAGUUCCAGCAUGUUUUGUUAGCAAAGAAGUGUCUGAGUUAAAGAGGAAGAGGACAUCAGUAUUAGUAGAUCUUUUAGAGAGUUUGGUCACAGAGCAAUUGCAGCUUCUCCAGUCCACAUCUGGUGGUUCCAGAAGAUUGCCAAGAGUGAUUCAUCAAGUACUGUGUUCACAGGCUUGCCAUGGUGCUAUUAAGUUUGGCGAUCCCCUGACCCUUGAGGAGUGUAACCAGGUUGUCCAACAGCUGUCCAAAUGCGAUCUUCCCUUCCAGUGUGCCCAUGGACGGCCAUCUAUCAUGCCUUUACUGGACAUGGACCUACUAGACAGGAAGCUGGCCUGUCAGAUUAAGUCCAGAAAACCAUGCCUACACCGCCUGUGGCAGAGAAUGCUUCAAGAAAAUAUAAGCAGUGAGGAAAUAGAAAGUGAAAACAAUGGAAUUAAACAUUCAUGAAUAUUAACUGAUACCCAUUUAAGGUGUUAUUUAUCUCCAUGUUGCAUUUGUUAUUGUUUGUGAAGUACAGUUUGGCCUUCGAGUGUCCAAACAUAGUAGUCAUCCAGAUCUCUGUCAUGCACAUUGGUGAAUGAAAAAAAAUGUAACUCUCAUGUAAUUUUCCAUAUGACAUUGAUGAAUAAAGAGUAAUUACCCAUUUCACUAAUUCAAAGUGAAAUUGUCUGUUUUUUAGUUUACA